AUGAUAAUCGAGUCUGUCAAACCAAUUUCGAUGGAUGCUCCUAAUGAAGAAACAAUACAGGACGGAAGUAAUGUCUCUUCCACUUCAAGACCUGGUGACUCUCAGCCUUUGCGUCGUAGUACCCGCCGCAGAGACGUUAUGGAUAGAGAUACUUCAGAAAGCGAAGAAAAACCUCAAAAACCGCCCGUAAAAUUCAUGAUCGCUGGCGUAGAAUAUUGUACCUAUGAAUAUGUAUACUUCGAGGUUCCCAAUGAACCCUACUACACAAUCGGUUAUGUGGAGGAUGUGAUUGACCGUGACAAGGAAAAAAUCCAAAUUAGACGAUUUCUUCACACGUUUGAAAUUCCCGAUUAUAGCAAGGACAUUCUUGACCGGAAGAUUCAUACAGUCCCCUCUAGAUACGAGAAAAUUCGCUCAGUUUUGGCUCGGGAGGUUUUUAACACAGAUAACCUUGUUGUCGUUGAUGGUAAACAACUGAGAGGAAAGUGUUCUGUCAAGUCCUUCUCUCAGCUUUCUGAUGCCGUGGAUAAUUUUGAUCCCACAAAGGAGGACAGCUUCUUUAAUGCUUACUGUUUCAAAGAGGAGACUAAUCAUAUAAUUCCCAACUCACCUCGUGUUAAAGUUGGUGAUGAGUACCAGGUUAUCGAGUUACCAGCAUACCGGGGCCCUCACCCAAGAAAACAAGUCUGCCCAAUACACGGGGUCACAAGCCAUCACCACCUACGAGAAAAACAGAACACAAUUUCGACCAAUGGAAACAGUGGUGACACUGCUGCGUCUCUCCCCGUUGGGUCUAAGCGGCCAUAUUCUACUGAGAAGGGGCAGGAGAAACCAAGUCGUGUUUGGGAGGAAAUUGUGUGGGAUCAUGAAGCCUAUGAGGAUAACUUUGAAGAUGAUCAUAGUGGUAGUGACAUGUUGAAUAGCAGUUUCGAUAUGUUUAUUGCCAUGGCACGCUCUAUAAUUGCAAUGAAUUGUGUGGGGGGUGGUUUAACCGAUCAGGAGUCGGCGGAAAAUGCUAAAGCUUUCGUGGAAUCUGUGGCCACCACACAGCAUAUUUACGACACUCUGCAUAGAUGUGGUUAUGAUUGUCAACAGACUCUGGAGGAAUUGCGAACAAAUUCUGUCUCCGCGUCUAAUACGCCAAUGCAUUGGACAGUGGAUCAAGUGAAACAAUUUGCCACUGCACUGAGGCAAGUUGGUCGGAACUUUUUCCUCAUCCAAAAGAGGUACUUUUCUCCCACCACUUCAAUAGAUCCAUUCGAGGGUCCCACUUCGAGGUAUCCGCCUCGCUAUCCUCGUGGUCGUAAGAGAAGGCGGCAGGCGGUGGAUGAUUCUUCGAGUUGCAAUAAUCAACAACAGGAGGAACAAGAAGGGAAUGGUGACGCACUAGAUACCCCCAAUAAUGAAGAAGGUGAGGAGAAUGUUUUAGAACCUAUUGAUGAAGAGGCAGUGGACUCACCUCAACCAGAAGAUCCCGACGGCAAUUAUCUCUUUAUGCCAACAAAGGAAAAGAGUGUAAAGGAGUUGAUUGAAUUCUUUCACUUUUGGAAGAAAAAGAAAGCUCAACCGAAUAUGUGCUUUACGGGCAUAAGAUCGCCCGCUCUUACAAAUGAUGCUGACGAUAAGAAGGCGGAGGCUGCCAAGUCCAAAAAGAACAAAAAAGCUGAACCCGAUCCUCUUGCAGCUGAUGGUGAUAACGGACCGAGCUCUACUCAAGGCACGAAAUAUACCGGCCCUUGCAAGUUCUGUUCUGAUGGCAUAGUUGAUAACCAGACACUGGAAACAACCCUCAGUGUCGUACACGUUACAGAUUUUCAGCAAGCCUGUUCCAAGUGUCGACUGCAUUACUUCAAGUACUGUUUCAUGCCAGGUAGAGAUGAGGAUGCUCUAUCUUCACCCACGGAAGCCAGCAAACGGCCUCAAUCCCCCUCCUCUAAAUCUGAAGCUAAUAAACAGCCGGAGUGCUUUUGUGCCAUUUCCCCAACCUACGCAUCCUGUCAAGAUUCCCCCGAGCCCUCUCUUAAUGGUCAUGAAUUGGACGGACAAGAAGGAGGAGAAGAAAAAGGAGACGAGGUAAAGGCUGAAGCGAAGGAGAGUGCAGAGAAAAUGAAAGAGGAUAUCAAGCCAUCACUUAAACAAACUACUAUGCCACUUCCUUCUUCCGGAUUGGACACGAAGGCGGAAAUAAAAGUUGACGUUUCUUGUGCAGAACAGGCUCGAGAGCUUGAAGCUGCAAUACCACAUCAAGCUGUCUCACAAUCCGCCACAGGAGGUUGUGGAAAUAUACCUCAAAAGUCCCCAGAUGGCUGUCCUAGAACUGACGUCCCAACCAGAGUUCCUCCUGACCUGUCUACUUCUGCGCCUAAAUUCCUUCCGGAGUAUGAACAGAUUUUUAAGUCCUGUGGUUUGGAAAAGCUCCAAGCAUUAAUGCAAUCAGGUCACUUGCCUCCCAGCACAGCCGAAUUAAUCAGACACUAUCUGUUGAUGGAAUCUGAACGUCAGCAACCUAUGAACUUGAUUACACCUGGUAUUAGUAGCAGCGGAAGUAGGCCUUGUACGGUGUCAAAUAUCUCAUCAUCCGCUUCACAACCAACUAUGACAACCCAUGCCAGAGGCACUUUUUACCCCCCUACUGGUGUUCCGCCAUCUUGUUCGAGUUCAACGCAGCAGUAUCAUCAUCAUCAUCGAAGUUACCAUCAAUCAGGAUCAAUAUCAGCUAAUCAGCGCCAACAAUCUUCUGCUUCUGCAAGAGCUCCUCCUUCCUCUACUCAUUCACCAUCUAGACCCCAUUAUCUCCCUCCCCAACAACAGCCAACAGCACCACCACCACCUCCAAAUAGAAACGUUCUCCCCGAACACACUGCUCAAUUUUUGCGGGAUCAGCAGUUUGCUGCUCAAAGGGCCGCUCAAACGACUCCCACUGUAGGUGCUUUGCAGCAACAGCAGCUGGCUCAACAAUAUGCUGCUUUAUUUAAUUCUGAUUUACUAUCCAUGGUUUCUGGUCAUUUUAAGAAUCCCAAUAUGCAAUAUUACCUACAACAGCUACUGCAAAGAGAAUCUCAACCACGGGCUGAAGUUCAACCAGAUAUGUAUCAGGCUGCAAUGAUGGAAUUUUACGGUAGACUGAUUCUUUCAGAGCAGAUGAGACGGGCGUCUAGUGCUGGUGGUGGUGGCGUUGACGUCAAUGCCAGAGUUCCUCAACCUCCACCUAUACCUCAACAUCAAUCACAACAGCCAGCUCCUACAAUGUCGCCCUUUCAACAUCCCUCGAUAAACCCUAAUUCCUCCACAACUAGAGAGAAUGCAUUCUUUAACCAACAGCAACAAGUUCAAAAUCUUCGUGUUUCCGCGAAUCCUGCUCCUCCACCCCCUAUUGAAUCUUGCCAAAGAGGAGCGUCGGUGUUUUAUCCUCAAUUACCGCCACAGCAUUUCCAGCAGCAGCAACAACAACAGCUGCUGUUGCAAAGAGGUGCACAACCGCAGCAGCAAUCUCAGCAGCCGAGCCAACAACAACAACAACAGCCAUCCCCAGCACAAUUAGCUGCUUUUCAACAAAAUCCAGGUCUCUAUGAGUUUAUUCAAAGAUAUGUUGCAACAGCAGCUACAGGGGUAGCGCCCUUUGCAGCAUCUGCACCCACUCCUGAUACUCUUCCGCCUAGACAUCCUGGAAUGGCUCAUCAACAUAGCGGCAGCAGUAGUGGCCAGCAACAGCAACAGCAUCCACAGCCAACCGCACCCUUCAACCUCAUGCAUUAUUUUCAAAUGGCAUCGCCCGAACAACAGCAGAUGCUUUUACAAGCUCUUGUUAGGCAACAACAACAGCAAUUUGGUGGCAGCAGUGGAAAUCAAUAG